AUAAACAUAUAUAUAUAUAUAUACUUUUUCUCAGAUGUGCUAGAAACUACAUUUUUCAGGGGAUAACAGAGCGUACUUAUGAAUUGCAAUCCUAUGUUUCACUAGGCAUCAAAUUUACAAGCAUCUCAUAUGGCUUCUCAACUCUACUCAAUUCGUUUAAUUCGUGAGGAUACAUCAGUUCCAUGGGGAUUUCGACUUGAAGGUGGGACAGAUUUUGGUCAUCCUAUUAAUAUACAACAUGUGAAUCCUGGGAGUAUUGCUGAUUACAGUGGGCUUAGAACUGGUGAUCAAGUGAUCCGCAUAAACCAGUCUGAAACUAAAUGGAUGCGUCAUAAUGACGCUAAAAUGGAGAUUAUACGAUCAAACAAUGACUUAGAAUUGUUUGUUCAACGUGGUGAAUUCAUAAAUUCAUUUGUUAAUUCCAAUAGCUAUAACUCAUCACCAGUUCAUUCUAUAACCAGAUCACCGAAACCAGUUUCGCCACAACCAGUUAACCGACAGACUAUAUGGAAGCCAAAAGUUGUUUCAUCUGUGCAAAUGUCGUCACCCACUACAAAUAAUAAUAAUUAUAAUAAUGGUCAGUCAGUCUUUGCAACACACACAAGUCUAGAAGCUACACCAGAUAACACAGAUUUAUCGAUUGGAGUUAAGCACAAUGUCUCUCCUCUGCCUUUUGGACAGUCACCACCAGCUCCAGGUGAAAAUUUAAUCGCAAAAGUUGGCGAUGGACGUUAUCGUAAAAUCAGUCAUUCGUCGUACAACUCACCGAUGGGCUUAUACAAUCAAAAAAAUAGAAACCAGACAUUCGAAAGGACAUUGUCCAAUGCCAGUGGAACAGGAAAUCAGCCAACAGGUCAAACACCUGAAAUAUCGCCAUCGACACCACCAUCAAUGUAUUGUGGUUCUUGUGGAGGUUUUAUCCGUGGUGUAUUCGUCAAAGUACAAGGUCGUGUUCCAAUGCAUCCUGAAUGCUUGAAAUGCUGUAAAUGUGGAAUAGGCCUAAGAAAUAUUGGCUAUUUUUAUAUUAAAGAACAGUUGUACUGUGAAACGCAUGCAAAACAAGCCGCACCACCUCCUGAACCCGGAAUGAAAGCUGUCGUCGUUUAUAAAUAAUACUGUAAGUGAAAAUUCAUCACUACUCCCUGAAACAUCUAUAUUACUGAGCAAAGUAAGUUUUACAGUUUAAUUUUUCGAAGAAAAAUAACCUUAGUUAAAAAAACAAGUCCUACAAAUACACAAACACAGCGAGACAGAGGCUUUUGCUGACUAACAGGUCUACUGAAGCAUUGAUAUUUUUUUUGAUUUAAACAAAGCCCCCCUUAGAAAUAUAUGCGGUGGAAAUGCUUUAUUUUCUAAAGACUUUGCAUUUGCUGCCAGUUCCUGAAAUUUCGCUCCAGAUAAUAAACGUAAUAAUAAUAAUUAUUAUUAUUAUAAUUACUAUGAUUACUUUUAUUAUAUUUUGAUUCAUCUUUCUCGAUAAUUCUCUCUUCAAAUGAACCAUUGAACAUUUAUGUGUUUUAAAUUACUAAAUUACUAUCACAUGAGAGAUGUUACUAGUACUACUACUACUACUUAUAAUCUAUGUGGAAUAAAAACAGGUGCAGUCUACUAUGCACCCCCCAACCCACCCCUGGUUUACUCUUUUUUUUUACAUGAUUUUUACACGCUUACAUUUCAGAUUGAUGUGAGCGUGUGGAUUUUUUUGUUUUGUUUCUAAAAAUCUGAGAUGUAUUAUUAUUAUCAUCACUGAAAUGGAGAAGUAGUUUUCAUUUUGUGUGUCUGUUAGCCUUCAUCAUUUAUUUAAUAAACCAUUAUAAAUGUUAAUAUCUUUUGCGUGUGUGUCUGUGUUGUGUUGUAUUCUUUCAUCUGCCUUUUGUCUGAACUCUGGGUUGGUUGAUUGUUGUUCUUGUUGUUGUUGUUGUUAGUGCGUGUUCAGAGCAUCAGAUAUAUGCGGUCGCCAUGAAUACUUACUUAUUUAUAACAGAGAAUCGGAGAAGUUCAUCUGUAAUUCUUUUCACUUCCAAGAAGAACAUAGGCACGUAGAACUUCGCGUUUGAAGCCUUGAAUUUUCACUAGUGGUGGUGGUGUUGUUUUUCAAGGGGUUGGGUGGCUGGUUAAACAUCCAACCUUCUCACUUUUCAGGGUUUGCCACCGGCUAGGUGAAGUCUAGAAGUGCGUUGGCAGGGAAUCGAACUCCAUACCAGAUGAUUGGCUAGCGAACAUUCUACCGCUGAAUGGCUGAUGCGGAG